CUGGGCGGAGCCCCUGGGUUUGGCCGAUUGCGUCUUCCCGGCCCAAGCUUUCCAGCACCCGGUGCCAGGGGCCAUGGAGCCCCGGGCAGUUGCGGAUGCCUUGGAGACGGGAGAGGAAGAUGCAAUGACAGAAGCUCUGCAGUCGUUCAACCGGGAGCACUCCCAGAGCUUCACCUUCGAUGAUGCCCAACAGGAGGACAGGAAGAGACUCGCAAAGCUGCUGGUCUCCGUCCUGGAGCAGGGCUUGUCGCCAUCACACCGUGUCACCUGGCUGCAGACUAUUCGAAUCCUGUCCCGAGACCGCAGCUGCCUGGACUCAUUUGCCAGCCGCCAGAGCCUACACGCUCUAGCCUGCUAUGCUGACAUCACCAUCUCAGAGGAGCCCAUCCCACAGCCCCCAGACAUGGAUGUCCUCCUCGAGGCUCUCAAAUGCCUGUGCAAUCUCGUGCUCAGCAGUCCGACAGCACAGAUGCUGGCCGCAGAGGCUCGCCUGGUGGUGAGGCUAGCCGAGCGCGUGGGACUCUACCGCAAAAGGAGCUAUCCCCACGAAGUCCAGUUCUUCGACUUGAGGCUCCUCUUCCUGCUAACAGCCCUUCGCACUGAUGUGCGCCAGCAACUGUUUCAGGAGCUGGAUGGUGUGCGCCUGCUGACGGAUGCGCUGGAACUGACCCUGGGGGUGGCCCCCACAGAAAAGCCCCCGGUGGCACUUCCGGCCCAGGAGACAGAGCGGGCCAUGGAGAUCCUCAAAGUGCUCUUUAACAUCACCUUUGAUUCUGUCAAGAGGGAGGUGGAUGAGGAAGAUGCUGCUCUUUACCGGUACCUGGGGACCCUUCUGCGGCACUGUGUGAUGGUCACUACUGCUGGAGACCGCACGGAGGAGUUCCAUGGCCACACGGUGAACCUCCUGGGGAACUUGCCCCUCAAAUGUCUGGAUGUCCUUCUCGUCCUGGAGCUACAUGAGGGCUCCUUAGAGUUCAUGGGAGUCAACAUGGACGUGAUCAGUGCCCUUCUUGCCUUCCUUGAGAAGCGUCUGCACCAGACCCACAGGCUGAAGGAGUGUGUGGCACCCGUGCUGAGCGUGUUGACGGAAUGUGCCCGUAUGCACCGUCCUGCCAGGAAGUUCCUGAAGGCCCAGGUCCUGCCCCCUCUGAGGGAUGUGAAGACGCGGCCUGAGGUGGGGGAUCUACUUCGAAACAAGCUUGUCCGUCUCAUGACUCACCUGGAUACAGAUGUGAAGAGGGUAGCUGCUGAGUUCCUCUUUGUCUUAUGCUCCGAGAGUGUGCCCCGAUUCAUCAAGUACACAGGCUACGGGAAUGCUGCUGGUCUCCUGGCUGCCAGGGGCCUCAUGGCUGGGGGCCGGCCCGAGGGCCAGUACUCGGAGGAUGAGGACACAGACACAGAGGAGUACCUGGAAGCCAAGGCAAGCAUCAACCCCGUGACUGGAAGAGUGGAAGAGAAGCCACCCAAUCCUAUGGAAGGCAUGACAGAGGAGCAGAAGGAACAUGAGGCCAUGAAGCUAGUGAACAUGUUCGACAAGCUCUCCAGGCACAGAGUCAUCCAACCCAUGGGGAUGAGUCCCCGGGGUCACCUCACUUCUCUGCAAGAUGCGAUGUGUGAGACUAUGGAGGAGCAGCUGUCCUCAGAUCCCGACUCAGACCCUGACUGAAGAUGGCGGCGGUUUUGCUCCCCUUCAGACCUGGUGCUGCUUCCAGACGUGUCCUUGGGGUGCUGCCUAGAGAAGCCACACUCCUCUCCAGCAGGGGAGCCUUUCUCUUUACUCCCCACACUAUCCAUGAUUUGCCUUUGGUCCAGUUGCUUGUGUUUAGGACUGUGGUAGUCGUACUCUCUGUGAAGACUGGGAAGCCACCCUUAAUUUCCACAAGUGAAGCUGUUUCUUUGACGUUUGCCAAGCGUAUGCCGUGGCUGCAGACAUGGGCAGAGCUGCCUUGGCACACAAUGAACAUGCAUGUAUGAGGGUGGUGACUUAGGAGGUGUACAUUGUGUAGGCAUGCCAGCCCAGAGCCCAUGUGUGGAGCAUACGCUGUGUUUCACACAUGGAAGAGUCUACUGUUUAAGUGUGCCAGGAAACACAGAGCAUCACAGUUCCUAUUUGUGGCCCCACUGAGCACAGGACCAGUGGCCUCUUCUAGGUUCUUGGUCCUGGUCCAACCACCGCUGCAUUGUUCACAUACCUGAGCCUCAGUGGCUGAAAGCUCAGUCAGUCACAAGCACUGGUUUAGUGGUUGUUAAAGGCAAGGGUUGAAAGACAAGGUAAAAUCUGAGAUUUCUGAGGCACAGACUACAGAGAGUCUGGGACAAGACUGGAUAUCUGUGAAGUGGCCAGGUGAAAGGAUAUUAAACAGAAACUAAUUCCAUUCUCUUAGAAUUUAAGAUUCCCUAGAUCACUGCACAUCUGCUGUUGUUGGAGAACAAAGAUAGGAGGCCCCAUUCCCUGGAAUCUGCUGUUGGUCUGCCCGUCAGCCCUGGUCAGAAUGGGUGCAGUAACAGGAGGUACUUCUGCCUGGGGAACAUCCUGCACUAUAUCCUCUGGGGAGGAGCCAAGGAGGAAGCAGCUGUGCUUAAUCAUAGCUGCACACAGGACAGGAAAACUAAGAGACACAUGGGAUCUCCCAGAGUAAUGCCUGCCACUGGAUAUAGCACUGUUGCUGGAGAAGCCUCGGUGGAUAGCGGAAAGUGGCUUAGCAAAGGCUGGGCAGAUGGGACUCCUGAGGGACUGUAGGAAAGGAGCCUGAGUUAAUACCAGGGUGAGUCAGUUCAGUCUUGUCACCCAAGAGGAGGACACCCACAUUACCUGAAAUACGUUACGCUUACUGUCCUGAAGAUACAAAUGAAAGGGUGCCAAGUUGUAUACUAAAAUUUAUUUCAUGCGAGAAAUGAUUUUUUUUGUUGUUGUUGUUAAAGAUGCCUCUGUAGAGAUGGGAAUGCUAGAUUACCCUAGUAUAUCCCUGGUCUGGCGAUGGAUGGACAUGCCGUGCUGCCCACUGCCAGAAAGGCGCACUCUGCAUUGCAGGCUUCAGCAGUGGUGGGACACAUGGAGCUCCUCUGCAGUGUGAUGGCAUGGCCCCAGGGUGAGCAUCCUGGGCAGUCUUUCCGAAGGCAGCCUCAGAAGACCGUUACCCAGGUCACACGCGGUUUGGCCCAGAUUUGUAAACCUGUCCGAGCUGUUUUCAGGCACGUAUCCCUGGAGAGGACCUGCUGUGUGACUUUCCCACGGGUGACAAUAGUUUUAUCUGUCCUGUCCAUCCGGCUGGAACAGACAGGAGGUCAGUUAACUUCACAUACAUACAGGCUGCAUUCCAGACCUGGAGCAGUCACUGAAGUCAAGCAAAAUACUUUAAAGUGAACAAGAAAAGGGAUCCCAGAAGGCCUAGCACAACAUGGGUGGCUAAAUAAAGACUGUUUUCCAAGAAAUGGCACCAGCGUACAUUCAGCCCUUAAGAGCCAAAUUUUGAAACAAAAAGAUAAAAAUAAUACUGGUGGUUAUAUUUCAUCUGUGGCAACAGUAAAUGCCAAGGCUCAUCCUUGCUUUUCUUUGGUCCAUUUCAUUAAGAGCUCGGACUAAACACGAGAGUCUGGGAGCUUUUGCCAGCGAGGGUGAGGAGACUGCUGGCCAUGGCCCAGAGCCACAAGACAGAGAGAAAAGACAGUAAAUGCCAAGGCUCGAAUUUUCUUAAGAUUCUAUCUUAGCAACAACAGAACAUCAGUUAUGAUCUAUUGUGGUGGAAUCCUCUGGACCCUGCUGCCCCUGUCUAUAGUCAUAGAGUUGGGGCUUGAAUGCUAGCGAACCAUAUAGAAAAUAAACACAUAUAACAUAAUUCUCAUAGGAAAUCAUUCUGAGCACAGAUACUGUAAAGUCUCAAGAGCAUCGUGUUGUCUGGCUUCCUAUUCCCAGUGGCUGUAAUGAAUAAUGACGCUGAUUAAUAAAUCAUGCCUGGUUAGCUCU